AACAUUUGAUACAUUCUUUCGUCCGAAUUCUUUAUGUUUAUUAUAAAUAAGUUUACUGGAUUGUUUAAAUAGCAAACAAGUUUAUGAAAUAUGAUAUUUAAACUGAACGAUUAGCUAAAAAAUCUUACGUUGCCAAUUCAGUUUUCAGUGGUUAAAGUAAUAAACCUAAGGAAUUAAUAUAUUAAUGACAUAUUUUGUGAAAUUGAUACAUUUGACAUUUUAAACAGUUAAAAAGUUGUGAAAGAAAGAGAAGAGUAUAUAUUGUGGAUUUUUAUUCGAGUUUUCACAUAUGAAUUUGAAAUUUUAUAAAACUUACUUUAUUUGGAUAACAGUUCUGCUGUUAUCAGUUUUACACGUAACGUCAAGCAGUGACGAUGUAUUAUCGUCAGACCUUCAUGACAAACUAUUUGGGAACUACAAGACCGACUUAUUGCCAGUUUGUCGCUCGGGACCAAGAGUUGUUAAUGUCAGCUUAAAUUUAGCCCUCAGACAAAUCAUUAACCUGGACGAAAAAGAUCAAGUACUGAAAACGAAUGUUUGGGUCCGGAUGGGCUGGACUGACUGCCGAUUGAAAUGGAACAGCUCAGAGUACGACGAGGUUGGCCAUCUGCGGGUACCAUACGGUGCUGUCUGGACACCCGAUUUAGCACUUUAUGACAGUUCUGCUGAAGAGGUUAUGAUGCCAGGCUUCAACGAAUAUAGAGCUCAGAUAUCCAACAAUGGAAGGGUUCAAUAUAAUUUUCCAACGGUAUUAAAUAGCGUCUGCCGGGUGACAGUCACAUAUUUCCCGUUUGACACGCAGUCGUGUGGUCUAAAGUUUGGGUCAUGGUCACACUCGCAGUUAGACAUGGACUUUUACCCAGUUUCUCCAUCUGGUAGGAAUGGCGACCUGGAUGACUUUAUAACCAACAACGAAUGGGUGGUUAGCGAGAUAGUAGCGGAUAGGACCGUGAAAAUGUACACAGAGCCGUACACCGAUAUCAAUUACAUCAUUAUAAUGACAAGGAGGUCAGACUUCUUCGUGAUGACCAUGAUGUUUCCCUGUAUCCUGGUAACUGCCAUAGCCGCAAUUGGUUUUCUGUUGCCGUCAGAGAGUGGAGAAAAGGUUUCAUUAGAGGUUACCGUGUUGCUAUCUCAAGCUGUAUUUUUGCUAGUAAUUUCUGAUUUCUUACCACCGUCAGCAGACAACUUCCCUAUUCUCGGUUUAUAUUUUGCGGUAUCCAUGUUGCUGGUUAGUUUAUCUCUAGUGAUGUCAGUGCUCGUUCUGAACGUACAUCAUAGAGGUGACAUCAAAGGUAAAAAGGUGCCAAAAUGGACAAGGAAAUACCUUCUACGAAAUCCGAAAAACUGUUGUUCUAAAAGCGAGUAUGAGCUUGAGAGUAAUGCGUCAGCAGACAACAGACAUAAUAGUCAGUUCACAAACAUAGAAGAAACAGAUAUAGACUCUGGUAUUAGAGAAAAUGGAAUGAGGCCUACUAUGAAUCACACAUCUCGUCCAUUGAAUACCACAAACCCUCAUUCAAGAUGGUCACGGCUUGCCUCCAUUCCACAAUUAGCCAUUGAUAAGGAUAGUAACAACACUAACAUUUCUGAACUUCUUUUACGGGAGCAGAACAGGACUUUAGAGCACAUACAGAAACACUUUGUACAUACAGACGACACUGACGAUGAGAGGGAAGAUUGGCAGACACUAGCCAGAAUCCUUGACAGAAUCUUUUUGCUGCUUUAUAUUUUAUGUUUUGCAAUAGUGACCACAGUAUUUGUUCUCAAACUGACUUCAGAUCCAGAUUGAAAUGAUUCGGUGAAGAUAAUCCAUGCUUUCAAAAGUCAUUUUUCCGUGCAAUACUAAACAUGACAAGAUGUUAAAUGAGAAAAUUUGUGCGAGUAUUAACGCGUUGAGAACCGUCCCAGUUUGCAGAGUUUAACGCUAAAAUGUCUUCUGUUACGCCCAGUUUUUAAGCGUAGGAGAUGGCAUUAAUCAAUGAGUAUUUCAGUGAUAUGUGAAGGUCUACACGGAUUCCAUAAAUGAAAAAUUUGCCGUUGCAGAUUAACUAGUAGACUGGCUUGAAUUGUAUUCGUGUAAUAAGCAUUAUUAGUACCGUGCAGUAUCAUGCUAGAAUUACUGUUUAACACUUUUUUUUUUCGCAAUAUUUUUUUAUAUUCUCUAAUAUUCGUCGUAAAUUCAAAAUGUUUUACGAAUUAACUUCAGUGUGUACAUGGUAUACUUGGUUUUUGUGAGUCUACCAUUUCGCGAAGGCAUAAAAAGACUAAUUACACCAAAAUUCGCUGACACACACUUCACGCAGAUUUAAAGUGUUUUACAGUAAAUACAUCAUGAUAUCGAAAACUGCAGGUCAUAUUAUAAUGGACAUUACGAAACGAACCAUACUAGACUUCUGAAAUGGACAGAUACUCCAUGUAUACAGUAUAGUGUCGUAUGUAGUAUUUAGGUGGCAAAGCUGCCGCAUUUCACAUGUUAUAAGAAACAUGUCGGUGACACAUAUAGUCAGUUCAACUGACUCGAAGUAUAUAUUGUCAAUAAAUUAUGCCAAAAAUGAAUUUUGUCAAUGAAAAUAAUAAAAUGAAUCUAAUUCGAAAA